UUUUAAUGGCUUAUUCUAAUUCCGUACAAAAAAGGGAAAAUAUGGUGCGCCCUUUGAUUUACGGUCACCGUGGUAUGGGCUGCAGCCUACCAGGCGCCUUGUCCUUCUUUCCUGAGAAUUCUAUGACAUCAUUCCGUGAAGCCCAAAGAAUUGGUGCCGAUGGUAUUGAAUUGGAUGUCUUCCUUUCAAAGAACAAUGAAUUAUUAGUUAUGCAUGGCUAUUUACAAAAGCACAGUCUCUGUCUUACUACAAUGAAGCGCAAAGCCGAUUCUGGCAUUCAACGCUUCAACACUGAUAAUUAUGUCGAAUCAGAGGAUGUACAUGCAACAGAUUUGGUGUUAAAAAAGCCUUGGAGGUUAACACAGAAGUCCAUAGAACUGCAGGAAAUUCCACAACAUAACGGAAGUAAUACCGAUAUUUUUGAAGAGUACAUAUCGAAUAUGGAACAAUCGGAUUCUGGAGAAUGUGUUCCUACGCUGGAUCAGGUGUUAGUCGAGUUCGGUGACUCCUUGAAAUACGACAUUGAGCUUAAAGGUUCUAACGUUGACUUGGGCCUUCGAGUUUUAGAUGUUUUAUCUAAACAUCCAGGUUUGGACGUUGUUAUAUCUUCUUUUCAAUGGGUAGCUCCAAAUUUAAAUCUUUCCUCAUCGCGUGCCAACAAUCCUUUGGAGCAAUAUCCCAAUGGAACUGAUGUAGUGGACUUGCUAGGCCCACUUAUCAACAACAAGCUUAACAUACCAAUUGCGUUGUUAUUCAACAACGAAACAUCUGAGUUGCCAAGCCUCGAACGCAUUGUUGAGUGUUGCCGACACUACAAUGCUACGUGGGCUGUUGUCUCCCAUGAGUUCUGGAAGAUGGGUACACCAAUUUUGGGCUCUGAUGUCAAGGGUAAAGAGGCAGUACCAUAUCUUGUCAAUUACAUGCAUGAUCAUGGUCUUAAAGUUAUGAGCUACUUCCUAGAAUCACGCCCUGAUAGCGACGAAGAGCUGCAGGUACAAAUAGAAUCAGGUAUGGAUGCAGUAUGCCCCAACGAUGUAGUGAAAUGUCUUGGGUUUGUCAAUAAAUGACAUUUUUCGGUAUUAAAUAUAUUGCAAUCAAACAACAGAGUCAAUCCUAAACAGUGGGAGUUCAUAAUUACACUGCUAGGAAACAACCAAUCAAAACAAAUGUUUUUA